AUGGCCUUGAAAGGGGUUGUGGUGCAAGACCAAGUUCACGCUGCAUCCGAGGUGAGCUUUAAGCUGCACGAGGAGCUUGCGGAGGCGCUGGAGAUCCAAUCCUACCGCAAGCUGCCGGUGCUGUCUGCGUCCCGCUCCCGCUCCCGUGGCUCCGGGGAGAUUUGCCCCUGGCUGGAUGGGGACGUGGACGUGCGGGUCAUGGAUCCCAACGGUGCGCAGGUCUCGCCCCACGAGCUCUGCACGAAGCUCAUGGCCGCGGCACAGGCCGCCGGCGCCGAGCUCCGCAUCGGUGCCGCGGAAGGCGUCGAGAUGGAGACGGACGGCGACAUCGAGAGGGUGACCGGCGUGAAGGUGGACGGCGAGGUGUUGGAAGCGGAGAAGGUCUGUGUUUGCCUUGGCCCCUGGGCGGCCCUGGCAGAGGACUGGUUCGGGAUGCCAGUGCCCAUGACCGGGGUGAAGAGCAGCAGCAUCGUGUACCAGACCAAAAGCGAGGUGGAGCCUUUCGCAGUCUUCUGCGGAGAGGACUCGCGCUAUGGGACCCAUCUGGAGAUCUACCCCCGGAACUCCGGGGAGGUCUACAUUUGCGGCAUCGGGGGCUCCCAGUACAUCGACGCCGCCACGCUGCGCGGGGAAAAUGGCGGGCUGCUGCCCUCCGAGGUGGAGCCUGACCCGCAGCGCGUGGAGGCGGCCACCGCCUGCUUCUCGGAGAUGAGCCGGAAGCUCGGGGGGAAGCCUGACGUGGUGCAGGCCUGCAUGCGGCCCUGCCCCCCGGAUGCGCUGCCCAUCAUGGGCAAGGUUCCCCAUGUGAAGAAUGCCUACAUCUCCGCGGGCCACAAUUGCUGGGGCAUUCUUUGGGCUCCGGUGAGUGGCAAGGCCAUGUCGGAGCUGAUCCUGGACGGUGCCGCCAAGUGCGUGGACCUGCGCCACUUCCGGCCCGGCCGCUUCGCCAAGAGCGGCACGCAGGCGGCGCGCCGGGGACGGAAGAUGGGCACCGUGCCCGUGGGGGAGCAGUGGUGA